CUAGCUCCUAAGUUCACCUAGACUCCGUCCUUAAUCCUAACAAGUGGUAUCAGAGCAAUAUUAAGGACAUUGAGAGGAGUCUACAGAAGUGUGAAGACCCUUCUAGACCCACCAUGGCCUGUGGGUGUGCCUAAGUGGUGUUCUAAAGGUUGGAUGUGUCUUCCGCUAAGGGGAAACUCUGCCGAAAUUUCGUGGACGCCGACACUUGUGAAAAUAUCGAGGGAGCUGAGUGUGGACAGCAAAGGGGAGCUGAAACUCGUCAUUUCUCAAGGAGAAGAUGAAUGAGAGAGGAGGAGAUGCUAAUGGAAGAGGAGCUGUAGCUGAGAAGACAAGUGAGCCGCCGCCAUCAAAAGUUGAAGCUUUGGAUGGCUCCAACUAUAAGGAAUGGAGCGGACGGAUGAGGAGUGCCUUCAAACGCUACAAGCUACUGAAGAUUGCUGUUGGGGAAGAGAAGAUGCCGGAAGAAGGCGAAGCACGUGAACGGUGGAUUGAGAAAAGCGCGGUGCUUUUCGACCUCAUCCUUCAAUCGGUCAACAAGGAGAUGUUCGAGCACAUCAAGGAUCUUGUGGAAGCGGAUGAUUCGGGUCCAAGGGCGUGGAAACUACUACGCGAUGUGAUUCAGCCCAACACUCUCCCGAUGGUGAUCGUGCUCGAGAAGGAACUUGCUGCCAUCUCCAUGCGACCAGGGGACGAUGUGAAGCCAGUCCUUGACAAGAUCAAGGACACCUAUGCAAGGAUGGCAGCAGCGGGCAGCAGUGUAUCUCAGCUGCAGCAGUGCACCAAGAUCAUCUCGGUGUUGGACAACUCUUGGGACAACCUCAUCCCCACCCUCAACUCUCAGCAAGAUCAAUGGACACCUGAGUCGGGCAUCCUUGGUUCAAGUGCUUCAGCAGGCCGGAGGGAUGGUCACCUCCAGGCAUGAAGCCGCCAAGUGGUGAACGCGCACAAGGUGGCGCUGUGCAAGGCUCAGGUGCACAAGGUGAAGGUGCACAAGGUAACGCCUAUCCUGGGAUGUAUCUUAUGGUUGAGGAUGUGCAUGGGCAUGAGGGUGAUGUGGGAUCAGUGGGAAAGGUUGUGAUGCACCCUCUCACACACUGGGUGAUUGAUUCAGGGUGCACCAGUCACAUGACCCCACGGGCAGAUUUGCUUGAUGAGGUAAAACCCCCUGGGAAGAUCAAGUAUGUGGCAGCAGCGUCAGGUGCUUUGCUCCCUGUGAUUGGUGUUGGGAAUGCCAAGGUUAAGGGAGCUAAUGGGGAGCUUGUGGGGCUUGGGAAUGUUCUGC